AAAAUGUCGAGAUUGGACAGAUUGGUGAUUUUAUUAGAGACUGGCUCUACCCAGUUUAUCCGAAGCACCGCUGCUGACCAGUUGUCUGAUUUGGCCAAGGGCCACCCAGAAGAGACCUUGAAUCUUUUGGGUAGAGUAUACCCAUUCUUAAAGAGUCCGAAAUGGGAAACAAGAGUGGCAGCUGCUAGGGCCUUCGGAAACAUAGUAAACCAUUCCCGUGUAUGGGACCCCAAUAAUGAGCAUGAUGAUGAUUCUAAUGAUAAUGACAAUAACGAUAAUGAUACCAAAAAUGGCACUUCCACCAUUAAGGAAGACCCUGAUGUCGACAUGGAAACCGAAGGUGUCGACGGUGAAAUCAAAAUCAAGUCGGAUCCGGAUGCAGAGUUCAAGCGUGAACAAGAUGAGGAGUUGAAGAAAAUGGAUGACAAUUUAUCUUCUCUCGUUACAUUUGAAAGUUGGGAUUUGAUUGAAAUCUUGAAAAGUAACCGAAAAUUGUUAGCAUCCAGCAUCAACGAAAUAGACACUUCCAACGUGAAUGAAGCAGAGGACGAGGUAUCGUUACUUUCAAAGUUCAAAAGACACAAAAAUAAUAACUCCAUUAAGAUUGAACCUGAAAAAGAAGCAUCCAAAGAACAGGCCGCCAAAGCCUUGGCUGCAAAUGCCAGAUUGAAGGCUUUACAAAAGAGAAGAGCCAAAGUCAAUGCCAAGUCUGGAAUAAACAGAACCAAACCAAUAGAUUUAAGUCAGAGUUCCAUUUCCAAGCAGAUGAUGUCGGAUCCAAACGCUAUAAACACCAACAUAAAGCAAGAGGUUCCUCAAUUCGACUUGACUUCUCAACAAGGUGGUGAGAAGUUGGUGAUGGAAACCAAAGCCGAAUUAUCACCCAUUUUGAGCCAGCAUGCCAAGGUGGCCGGCUUGGUGUGGCAGUUUCAAGGGGUUUAUGAAUUGUUGGUGGAUGAUUUGUUUGACGAUAGAUGGGAGAUUAGACAUGGUGCAUGUCUUGGACUAAGAGAAUUGAUAAAGAAGCAUGGGAAAUCGGCUGGUAGGAUCAAGUCCAAGUCGUUGGAAGAGAACAUCAAAAACAACGAUGCUACAUUGGAGGAUUUGGCUGUAAGGUUGUGUACCUUAUUCGCUCUUGACCGAUUUGGGGACUACGUUUCAGAUUCUGUGGUGGCCCCGGUUCGUGAAUCAGGAGCUCAAGCCUUAGCUGCAUUGUUGAUUCACCUAGAAAUAGAUCCGUUGAUCAAAACCUUUGAUGCUUUGCACAGACUAAUUCUUCAAGAAGGAUACUUUCCUAAAUGCUGGGAAGCCAAGCACGGGGGGAUGUUAGGGUUAAGGUACUUUGUAAGUGUCAGAACAAGCGUUUUAACCGAAAAACCAGAGCUUUUGAACGAUACGGUGUCAAUGGUGUUACAUGGUUUACAAGAAAGCGACGAUGAUGUUCAGUCUGUGGCUGCGUUGACAUUAGCGCCUAUUGCCAGUGACUUCAUUAAGCAUAAACGAGAAUUGAUCCUGGUGUUGUUGAAGACCAUUUGGGAUUGUCUCGUAAACUUGAGAGACGACCUCUCUGCGUCUAUUGGUUCAGUCAUGGACUUAUUGUCAAAGCUUUGUACCCAUCAAGAAGUCAUUGAAAUCAUGGAAAAACAGGCUGCCAAGGACCAAAGUUCUUCAUUUGAGAGCUUGGUUCCCCGAUUGUUUCCUUUUUUAAGACACUCUAUCGUGAAUGUUCGAAAAGCAGUCUUGAGGACUAUUCUUGAAUUCUUAUCCAUUGAUAAUGCUGCCACAAAACACUGGAUAAAUUCCAAAGCUCUUAGGCUCAUCUUUCAGAACCUUUUGGUCGAACAAAAUGAAGAAGUCUUGAACUUGUCGCAGAAGGUGUAUACGAGGCUCAUUGAAGAAAUCAAUGUUAACGAGUUUUUGAAUGCUGAAGAAUUAUUUUCAUCUAACCAUGGCCCAUUAUUAUUCUUGACCAUGACACCAAUAGGAUUGGCCAGGCACAACUAUCAGAUGAACACCAAUCUCAUCAUGAGACCAUCCGGGAAGAUGGUUUCAAACGAUGGCAGAAAACGUAAAAACUCUGAGUCAAAGGCCAAGAGUGAUAUUCCGUAUUUGGAUGAAUUGAAGGUCAAUAUUGACUCUCAUAUUUUCAAAGGUGAUAUUUUGUUGUUGGGAGUUGAUGUUUUCAUAAGAACAAGAGCAGCUGCUUCCAAGGCUUUCGGUCAAACCUUGGCAUCUAUAAAAGAUGAAAAGUUGCUCAUAACAGUACUAGACUCUUUGAGCAAUUACUUCAAAUCAAAACACUCCUCCCCAAGAUUGCUCUCAAGCGUUAUUCUCGAGGAAUAUGCUAAGAGCUUGAAACAACAGAAUUUGCCGAUUCCUGAUCAAGUCAAAGAGAAAUUCUUACCUAACUUGAUUGGAGUGUUGGCCGAGCCUGCGUUCCCCAGCUUACCUCAUUUCAGGGAACUAGUACCCACUUUAAAAGCCUUGCGAACAAGCUGCAUACACCUCUUUGAUAUCUUCAUUAACAUGGCCAAGAUAUCUCCUAACAAGAUUCCUCAAUUGCCUGUGGUGGUCCAGGGGGAACUGGAAGCUGGUCCAAAUGCCUUCUCGAUAGAACAAGCUCAGAAAUUGAUAGACGAAACUUAUCCUAAGUUGAUCAAGACUCUUUCACCAACCUACAAAAUGGCUUCGAUCAAUGCUCUAGAAGAUGCCAGGCAUAGAAUCACUUUAGCUAUUGAUGAUGUUCUGCUGGCAAGAUUAUCUAGAAUAACAAGCAUAUUGGCCGCUUAUGCUGCUGCCGUGUUGGCCGUGGAUGGGGUUCCAAAGAAGUUGAACCCCAUCAUUAGAUCAUUGAUGGACAGCGUGAAACAAGAAGAAUCGGCACUUCUCCAAAAGAGGUCAGCUGAAGCAGUUUCCCAUCUUAUCCAAGAAUUGAACAACGUAGGAAAGAAGGGUGCAGCAGAUAAAAUCACCAAGAAUCUCUGUGGAUUCUUGUGUGUGGAUACUUCAGAAGUGCCCGAAUAUCAUCACAACGCAGAGUUCAAAGAUAUCGUACUUUCUUUAAAGAAAGAAGAAGCAAAAACAGAUCCAGUUGAUAUUGCCCAACACGAAAAGGCGGUUCACGAAGCCAGAAUCAAGAGAAAUGGUGCUUUAUUGUCUUUUGAUGCUUUGUUGGACGUUUACCAAGAUACUCUUUUUGAGAACCUUCCAAAAUUGAAAGAGUUGAUUAUUGAACCAUUGAAGUUGUUGCAACAUGCUGAUGACGAGGAGUUCCAAAAGGACGAGUUGAAGGGACAAAGUAUCAUUGAUGCUUUGGGUAUAUUAAGGGCUUUGUUGCCCAAAUUGCACAAAUCUUUACACAAGACUAUUACCGACAACUUGCCACUUCUAUUACCAGGUUUCACGUCGGAACUUUCGGUUUUCCGUUAUUCAACUGCAAAAUGUUUUGCAACCAUUUCGUAUGUUUGUCAAGUACCAGCUUUCACGUUUUUGGUGAAAUCUAUUUUGCCUUUACUCAAUAAUUCUGGAACUAUCAAGGAAAGACAGGGGGCUAUUGAAACAGUGUACCACUUGUCUACCACCAUGGGAUCUGAUAUUCUUCCUUACGUUGUGUUUUUGAUUGUUCCAGUAUUGGGAAGAAUGAGUGACUCCAAUCCCGAUGUCCGUGUUUUAGCUACCACCACAUUUGCGUCUAUCAUCAAGUUGGUGCCAUUAGAAGCUGGUAUUCCUGAUCCAGAAGAUAUGCCUAAAGACUUGUUGGAGGGAAGGGACAGAGAAAGAGAGUUCAUCCAACAAAUGUUAGAUCCAACCAAAAUCAAGUCGUUUGAUUUGCCUGUUUCUAUCAAAGCUACAUUGAGAAAGUAUCAACAGGAUGGUGUUAACUGGCUUCAUUUCUUGAACAAGUACCACUUACACGGUAUUUUGUGUGAUGAUAUGGGAUUGGGUAAGACUUUACAAACCAUUUGUAUCGUUUCAUCAGACCAUUACAUCAGGGAUGAAAAGUUUAAGGAGACCCAAUCACGGGAGUUCAGAAAGUUGCCUUCUUUAGUGGUGUGUCCUCCUUCUGUUACGGGCCAUUGGGAACAAGAGUUGAAUCAAUAUUCUCCAUUUUUGAAAGUGAUGGUAUACGCCGGUGGACCCUCAGCCAGACAAGGACUUCGUGCGCAGUUUAUGGACAACGAUGUCAUUGUCACUUCUUACGAUGUUUGUCGUAAUGAUGUGGAGUUUUUGAAUGAACAUGAUUACAAUUAUUGUGUUUUGGACGAAGGUCAUAUCAUCAAAAACUCUGCGUCCAAGUUGACCAAGUCAGUCAAGAGAAUUAAUGCUGAGCAUAGACUUAUUUUGUCUGGUACUCCAAUCCAGAACAAUGUUUUGGAAUUAUGGUCUUUGUUUGACUUUUUAAUGCCUGGGUUCUUAGGAACCGAAAAGGUAUUCAAUGAAAAGUUUGCCAAACCAAUUGCUGCCAGUAGAAAUAGCAAAACUUCCUCCAAGGAACAGGAGGCUGGAGCGUUGGCGUUGGAAUCUUUGCACAAACAGGUUUUGCCAUUCAUGUUGCGUCGUUUGAAAGAAGAUGUUUUGUCAGACUUGCCUCCCAAGAUUAUUCAAGAUUACUAUUGUGAAUUGAGUAGUCUUCAAAAGGAGUUGUACAAAGACUUUGCUGUCAAGCAGAAGUCAACCAUCGAACAGGAUAUUAAAGAUGGUAUCAUGGACGAAGAGAACAACAACAAAACACAUGUUUUCCAGGCUUUGCAAUAUAUGCGAAAGCUUUGCAAUCACCCUGCUUUGGUUUUGUCUCCAAAUCACCCCAAGUACAAUAAAAUCAUGGUUGAUUUGAACAAUAAGAAACAGGAUUUGAGGAGCAUUGAGCACUCGCCAAAGUUGUUAUCAUUGAAAACAUUAUUGUUGGAGUGUGGCAUUGGUUCCAGUGAUAGUGACUACCACUCCAAGAGCUAUAGAGAAAAGCAGAAGCAGAAUCAACUUCUUUCUGCCGAAGGAGUUAUUUCCGAGCACAGAGCGUUGAUAUUCUGUCAGUUGAAGGAUAUGCUUGAUAUUGUUGAAGAACAGCUUUUGAAGAAGGUCCUUCCUUCGGUCACCUACAUGAGAUUGGAUGGUUCUACCGACCCAAGAGACAGACAAAAAAUUGUUAGGAAGUUCAAUGAAGAUCCCUCAAUAGAUGUGCUUUUAUUAACCACCAAAGUAGGUGGUUUGGGAUUGAACUUGACGGGUGCCGACACGGUUAUAUUUGUGGAGCACGACUGGAACCCCAUGAAUGACUUACAGGCCAUGGAUAGAGCUCAUAGACUUGGUCAGAAAAAGGUUGUGAAUGUGUACCGGUUGAUCACCCAAAACACCUUGGAGGAGAAGAUCAUGGGAUUACAGAAGUUCAAAAUGAACAUUGCAUCAACCAUUGUCAACCAACAGAAUGUGGGAUUAUCAUCCAUGGACACCAACCAAUUGUUGGACUUGUUUGAUGUGGAAGACAAUGGUAAUAAGAUUGAACCAGUGGAAGAAGAGAAGAAAGAGAUCCCAGAUGAUGUUUCCGGUGGGCUUUCAGGAAAGGCUGCCGACGCCGUGGGCGAGUUGGGCGAAUUGUGGGAUGAAGCCCAGUACGAAGAGGAGUACAAUUUGGAUAACUUUAUCAAAACUCUUAAGUAAAUAUAGGAUUAUAGACAGAUGCCGCAAACGAGAUGAGAAAGUCUGCGAAUAAAAUUUUCAAACUAC